UUUUGUGGAAAAGAUGCAUUCCAUCAUUUUCAUUAUUAUUACUGAUUUAUGUUUAUUUUGUUUUUCAUUCUAUCCACACGUUUAUGGCUCCCAGAAUCAAUCAUCAUCAUUAAUUAAAAUCAAUGAAAAUGUUUCUGAAAUUGUGGAAAAUCAAAACGUUUCAUCAUCAUCGGAUAAACCGCCGAUAAAAUUGUUCCAUGCAACAAAUGAAUGGCGCGAAAUUGGUGAUGAAAUUCUGCCCAAAGGACUACAUGUUCGUAUAAAUUUGGAAACCGGUCGAAAAGAGGCUAAAAUUUUAGAUGAUAACAAUGCCGAUGAAGUGGACAUAAAUUCACAGAUAACAACCAAAUAUCAGAUUGCAACAAAAUCUUCAAAAGAAAAGAUUAAAUUAAUGACCAAUGAUGAAGAUCGAUUCCUAAGAGAUAUUAACAAAUUACAGAUUGAGAAGAAACAAAAUUCUGAUGGAAAAACAAUUAAAUUCAAGACUGUAAGAAAUAUCAGCGCUGAAAGUAUCGAAUCUGAAAGUGAAAUUCUCAAAUCUUUAUUGACACGAUACAAUCAAACGACGAAUUUGGAUGAAAAAAUAUCCCUGUUAAUCGACAUUGAAUAUUUGGUGCAUACAAUCAAUGUGGCUAAAGAUUUUUAUGAUGCCAAUGGUUUCAUCAUUUUGAUGAAAGAUUUAAAUCGGACAGAUUUUAAUCAAUUAAAGAUUGAAAUUCUUGCCGUUUUCGGUGCAGCCAUACAGGGUAACAUGUAUGUGAAGAUGGCGUUGUCAAAACAACAAGAAUUUCUUACGAAUAUAAUCUCAUUUUUAGAAAAUGUCGACAAUUUAGAUGUGGCUAGAAAAUGUUUUUUCGUUAUAUCCACAUAUCUACGUAAUUUUCCAUCCGAACAGAGCAAAUUUUUCCACAAAAAUGAUGGCAAACAAUUAUUGAAAAAAUUAUUCAACAUUGAUCAACGUAUUGCUGUUAAAAUAUCGGCAUUUCUUUGCGAUUUAAGUGAAGAAAUUGAAAAUCCAAAUCCGAAAGAAUCAGCUUUUUAUGAAACCAUCAAAUAUGACGAUUAUAUUGAUUCACAGAUUUGUCAUGAUAUUGUUCAUCUUUUGGCCGAUGAUGCUUUGAUAGAAAAAUCAGAUGUUAUUUUACUUCUCGAAUCGAUUCAAGGUUUGAUUCCACGAUGUCGAAAUGAAUUCAAUUCAUAUGAUAGAAAUUCUUUCUUGAAAAUUUUAGAUAAAUCAAAUUUUUCCAACAAUGAAUUCAUUAUUGAAACAAUGGAAAAUUUAUUGAAAUCAUUAACAUUAAAAGAUGAAUUAUGA